GGCGAUGCUGAGGCUGAGAGUUUAGGAGACGCGACCAACCGUCAGGCCGGCCCUAGGCAUUCGGCAGCAGGAGGGACAGGGGCGUGGAGAUCGGCCCCGGCGAGCUGCGGAGACGCACACACCGCCGGCCGGACCCCGCGGGACCGCGCCUCACCUCCAGAGCGCCGCACACGCAGCACCACGGCCUCGCGCGGGGGGCGGCGGGCGGCCGCGCGGCGCUGCCGCAGCGCGGGGCUUGUAAACAGAUCCGGCCGCACGUGACCAUGUGAACUACCUGCUCCUGGGACGCGUAUUGUCCUUUCCGCGAACAGCACCACAAAGGAGCUCGGCGGUCCGAGUGCGGAGGGUCCGGCGAGCGAGCGGGGAUAGCCGGCCGGCGCGCUAAGAUGGCUGAAGGCGCCCGGCGAGGGUGAGCGGGGGGCGCGGCGCGGAGCGGCGCAGCCAGCCGGGGAGUCCUCGGGCGGACAGGGCCGGCGGCCCUCCCCCGCGGCCCCAAGCAGGAGCCACCAUGUCGUUCGCUCUCGAGGAGACGCUCGAGUCGGACUGGGUAGCUGUGCGGCCCCAUGUGUUUGACGAGCGUGAGAAGCACAAGUUCGUCUUUAUUGUGGCUUGGAACGAGAUCGAGGGCAAGUUUGCCAUAACCUGCCACAACCGGACGGCCCAGAGGCAGAGAAGCGGCUCCCGGGAGCAGGCGGGGUCGCGAGGGGGCGGCGAGGCUGGCGGACCUGCGUCAGACGGGAGCCGCGGGCCAGGCAGCGCGGCGGGGAAGGGCCGAUCCGAGGCCACUGCUUCUGCGACUCGGGUCAGGAGCCCCGGGCCCCGGCGGAGCCCGGCCUGGGAAGAGGGUGGCUCUCCGAGGAGUACGCGAAGCCUCCGUGGAGACCCGCUGCUGCGGACUCCGGGCGGCAGAACGGCGGAGAGUCCUCUCCGAAGCCCAGUGCGGGCCAAGCCCAGCCCAGUCCGGAGGACGUCUGAAGCCAGGGAUGCGGCAGGGGCCGCCGCUGCCGCAGCCCGGCCCGUGCCCAGAGAGGCUCCGGUGUCCUCCGUACGGGUAGUGAGCGCCUCUGGGGCGGUCUCCGAGGAGAUCGAGGUGCUGGAAAUGGUGAGGGAGGACGACGCACCCUUGGCGCUGGCGGACGCGGAGCAGCCGCCUUCCGCCGCCGAGCUGGAGUCUCCCGCCGAAGAGUGCAGCUGGGCCGGACUCUUCUCCUUCCAGGACCUGCGCGCCGUCCACCAGCAGCUGUGCUCCGUGAACUCGCAGCUGGAGCCGUGCCUGCCGGUGUUCCCCGAGGAGCCCUCGGGCAUGUGGACUGUGCUGUUCGGGGGCGCCCCCGAGAUGACCGAGCAGGAGAUCGACACCUUGUGUUACCAGCUGCAGGUCUACCUGGGCCACGGCCUGGACACCUGCGGCUGGAAGAUCCUCUCCCAGGUGCUCUUCACUGAGACUGACGAUCCGGAGGAGUAUUAUGAAAGCCUCAGCGAGCUGCGGCAGAAGGGCUACGAAGAAGUGCUCCAGCGGGCUAGGAAGCGCAUCCAGGAGCUUUUGGAUCAGCACAAGAAUACAGAGAGCAUGGUGGAGCUUCUGGACUUGUAUCAGAUGGAGGAUGAAGCCUACAGCAGCCUCGCAGAAGCCACAACUGAACUGUAUCAGUAUUUAUUACAGCCAUUCCGAGACAUGAGAGAACUUGCCAUGCUACGAAGACAGCAGAUCAAGAUUUCCAUGGAGAAUGAUUACCUAGGACCCCGAAGAAUUGAGAGUCUACAAAAGGAAGAUGCUGAUUGGCAGCGGAAAGCUCACAUGGCUGUACUGUCCAUUCAAGAUCUUACUGUUAAAUAUUUUGAAAUAACAGCAAAAGCUCAAAAAGCUGUGUACGAUCGAAUGCGAGCAGAUCAGAAGAAAUUUGGUAAAGCUUCAUGGGCAGCAGCUGCUGAACGUAUGGAAAAACUCCAGUAUGCAGUUUCUAAGGAGACAUUGCAGAUGAUGAGAGCUAAAGAGAUCUGCUUGGAACAGAGGAAGCAUGCACUGAAGGAAGAGAUGCAGAGUUUGCAGGGUGGUACAGAAGCCAUAGUUCGACUAGAUCAGUUAGAAGCUGAUUAUUAUGAUCUGCAACUUCAGUUGUAUGAAGUACAGUUUGAAAUCUUGAAAUGUGAAGAGCUACUAUUGACAGCACAACUAGAAAGCAUCAAAAGACUUAUCUCAGAAAAGAGAGAUGAAGUGGUGUACUAUGACACUUACGAAAGUAUGGAGGCAAUGCUGGAGAAGGAAGAGAUGGCAGCAUCUGUAUACUUACAGAGAGAAGAGCUGCAGAAACUUCAGCAGAAAGCACGUCAGCUGGAAGCAAGACGUGGGCGGGUUUCAGCAAAAAAAGCUUACCUCAGAAAUAAAAAGGAAAUUUGUAUCGCAAAACACAAUGAAAAAUUCCAGCAGCGCACUCGGAGUGAAGAUGAAUAUAGAAGCCAUCAUACAGUACAACUAAAGAGAGAAAAGUUACAUGAUGAAGAGGAAAGAAAAAGUGCCUGGGUUAGCCAGGAGAGACAGAGAACCCUGGAUAGACUUCGAACAUUUAAACAGAGGUAUCCUGGGCAAGUUAUACUUAAAUCCACCAGAUUACGACUGGCUCAUGCAAGAAGAAAAAGUACAGCAAGUCCUGUUCCCCGAGAGGAUCAGUGUGACUCUCUACCAGGAGUGCUACAAGUAGAAGAGAAAAGUGAUGAGGUAGGAGAAGGAAGAGGCAAGCUUGGGCCACCAGAGAUGACAAAACCCCAAAGCCUUGCACAACUUGAAGACACUUCAUUAGCACAACUUGAAGCCACUUCAUUACCUCUCAGUGCUGUUACCUCUGAACUGCCUCCCACUGUAUCUCUGCCGAUUGUGAAUAAUAACCUUGAACCAUGUUCUGUUACCAUAGAUCCACUCCCGCCACCCCCUCCUCCAACACCGCUUCCUCCUCCACCCCCACCUCCUCCCCCACCCCCACCACCCCUGCCAGUUGUUAAGGACAACGCCCCAGAAACACUGGAGAAAGAUCUGCCUAGAAAGGAGGGGACUGAAAAGAGGAUUCCUAAGUCUGCCAGUGCCCCUUCAGCACACCUCUUUGACAGCAGCCAGUUGGUCAGUGCCCGGAAGAAGCUCAGAAAGACAGCUGAAGGUUUGCAAAGGAGGCGGGUGAGUUCACCCAUGGAUGAGGUGCUAGCUUCCUUGAAGCGUGGUAGUUUUCAUCUAAAAAAGGUUGAACAGCGAACUCUGCCUCCUUUUCCUGAUGAAGAUGAUAGUAAUAAUAUCUUGGCACAAAUAAGAAAAGGGGUAAAAUUGAAGAAGGUACAGAAGGAGGUGCUGAGAGAAUCAUUCACACUUCUGCCCGAUACAGACCCUCUCACACGCAGCAUCCAUGAAGCUCUAAGAAGAAUCAAAGAAGCAUCUCCCGAGUCAGAGGAUGAAGAGGAGGCUUUGCCUUGUACGGACUGGGAGAACUAAAAAGGAACCGAAAGAAGGAAAAAACCUACAGUUGAAGAUUUGUUCUGAUUCUCCUGGAAAACAGCAGCUUAAGCACCUGGUUCCACAGUUGGAUUACAUGAGAUCCAAAGUGUAUUGGCUCAGUGGUGUGAAAAAAAGAGGCACAAUUGGCAAGUUAUCACUUCCCAGUCAUUCCAUUGGUUGGUGGCUAACAUGAGUUUGAGAUGCACAGUGCUGACUGCAGUGAAGAAAAAGACCUUCUGGAGAUUUCUGGUGGGGUUUUAAUGUACCUUUUCUUCCCAUCUACCCGUUUACAUCCUCAUAGUGGCCAGUUAAGCUAGGAAGAACACUGGGUUGACAGAGAUUUACUGUGAGCUGUUUGGGGACUGCUUUGAGAGCCAUCUUUCAGUGUGCUGAAAGUUAUCUGAAAAUACAGAGCUUCUUCCAUAACAGCUGUAUAAAUAGUGUGACACUCUGAAAAAGUUUAUUAUGAUAGCUGUAUGUCAGGAAUUGAAAUCAGAUGGAAAUGCACUUAAAAAUCUCCACAUUGCUUAUCUCCAAAGGAAUUUUCAUAAAGAUAAUCAACAUCUGAGAAGCUACACAACUAUGGAGAUAAAUCUAUUGAUCUCUUCACCACAACAUGAUAGAUUUAAAACAGCAUAUUUUUAGAGGGCCAUAGUCUUACACUUUGUAAAGUUUUGAAGUAAAAAUUUCCAUGCUUUUACAUUGCUUUUCAUAAUUCUGAAUUUAUAAUAGUUUGUUUUAUGUGCAUCCUUCUUUAUGAGAAGCAAUACUUUGUAAUUUGAUAUUUCAAAUUAUUUUUAUUUUUGUUUCAACUAUUGCUUGAUUACUAUGAUUCACAUGACUUUCCUGUUGAGAAUCAAAAAUCUUAACUCUUUUUAUCAAUCACCAUUUUAAUUUUUUAUUUUCAUGCUCUCUGGUGAAAAGCAUGUGCUUGAUAAAGCAGAAUAUUCUCCUGGCUUCAAAAGCUUUGAGAAUUUUGAGAGCGAACCCUUGUUACUGUCACUAAUAUUUUAAACUUACAUGUAGCUCUAGGUGCUGAUAUAGUUGCUAUGAUUGAGUCCUUGAGUAAGGCUGUAAGGAUUUUCAGCAAGGAUUAUUGCAGGCCUGAAUGAAGAUAUGUUGGACCCAAUUUAUCAUACUCUGUAAUCUUGGCCUUUAUAUGGAGGGAGUUAAGGACUGAAAUACUAAAAAGAAAUUUAUAUCUUAUAAGGCAGUUCUCUGGCAUAAACCCAGAAAAUAGUACUGUGGCAAAAGCCUUGCAAUGUGUACGAGUUGGUAUUCCUGAAGAAAAAGGGACAUGCUCACACCCUGGUCAUUUAAAAACGUUACUUACUUUAAAACAAUUACAGAGAAAUUCUUCUGCCAGUAGGUUGUAUCAAACAAAAUCUUUUGUUUAAAUGUUGGCAGUAGGUUUAUUGAUGAGACUAGGAGCAUCUGUGUAGUAUUUUCAUAAUACGUUGGUUUUAGUCCCAGCACUAUUCCCACAUCUUGUUUGCAAAGAUUAGAAAUACAGAUUGAAUAUAGAAACUUCACCCCAAAACAGGGCAGGGAAGGUGUUGGUGGAUCCUAUAUUAAUGUAUUAAAGCAUGUUUUUGCUAACCCAAAGAGAGAGUGGCUAGAUUGUUAAUGUAUUUGAUAACUUUUAAAGCAAAUUUUCAAACCCUUCCAAAAAUCAUGUAUCAAUUUUAUUCCAUCCAAUUUUUAUGUGACCAUGUGUCCACAUUUUAUAUAUCCAUUUUUUUGGAUCCUAUUCAUAACAAGUUUUUUUCAUUUAUUCAAAUUUAGAAAAAUACAGAAAGAUACAGUGUUAAAUUAACAAAAAGCACUGCAACCUUCAUACGUUGAGAGGGAAUUGCCACCCAUUUGGUGUUACAGCUGGAAUUCCAUUAUAAAAUAGGCUCACUUACCCACAGGUCCUAUAGUCUGUCUUCCUGCACCAAGUUGUGAUGGAAGGCGUACAGAACUCUAUUUACCCUUGCAGCGAUGCCUGCGUAACUGAGCCCAGCAUAUUACAACUCCACAAACGUUACCUCACAUGUGAAGAUGAGGCUAAAAAGCAGAGUCCUGGUGGCAGCCAGCUGUGCUCAUUCUCUGAUAAAUAAUUUCUCAACAAACUUAUUUCCCUGCCUCAAGGUCCAGUUUCCUACUUGCAUAAAAUUACAAAUUAUUACAGGCCACAAACCAUCGGAGUUCUUCAGAUACUAAAAUUUCAAAGAACUAGGAUCUGCUUGUUCAAUAAAAUUACCAGUUGAACCUCCAUGAUAAUUUUAAAGCAUUUUCAGAACCCUACAAAAAUUAUGUAUGCAUAUUAAAUUUCCUAUUUUCUUUGCCCCCAGUAAAAUGAAGAUCUUUGGCCUUAAUAUCAAAUUUGUUACUUUAGUUAUUAUGGUAUAAAUAUUUCUCCUCUAAUGCAACCAAAAUUAGGUAUAUAUAACCACCGUAGCAUUUAUUUAAAAAGAUAUUCUUAAUGAUUAAAAUCCUACUUGUCUGUAGUGUAGCAGUAUAAAGAAAUGCCUGGCUUAUGAGGGCUUUUACAAAAUGAACAAUUAUUUGGCUUAGUUUUAUUAGGUUGAUUGAGUUUGCAGCAUAAAACAAUCAUUCCUUAGCUUUUCAUUGGAGAACUGAAAUAUUUCUAUAAAAUACAUUUUUUUUUUUUUUUGUAGAGACAGAGUCUCACUUUAUCGCCCUCGGUAGAGUGCUGUAGCGUCACACAGCUCACAGCAAUCUCCAAAUCCUUGGGCUUAGGCGAUUCUCUUGACUCAGCCUCCCAAGUAGCUGGGACUACAGGCACCCGCCACAACGCCCGGCUAUAUAAAAUAACAUUUCUAAGGAAACUCUUACAAGAGGGAACAUGGACUUAUAACUUGGAACCACAGGAAGUUUAAGCACUUUCACUUACUCUGUAUAAUGGUGGUGGUGGUAGGGUGGGGGUAAUCCUGUUUCUGCAAGGAUGAACUAUGUAGCAACAUUUGGUAACAUAUGACAUGGCAACAUUGUGCCAUGCAAUGUGUCUAGUUGUAAAGUAUACUUUGGACAUUGUAGACACUAAGAUUAAAACUCUAAAAUCAGAGGAACAAAAACUAAUGGACAGAAUCAAAUUUGGAAUGGGACCAGUGCACAAUUACACAGUUUAAUUUUAUACAUUCCCUAACACUCCAUUUUUAAAUUACAUUCACUGAGUGUGUUUGUAAAAUCUUAUGCUAAUGCUUUUAGUCAAAGGAAAGCUUUGGGGUUUUUUAGCUUUAUUAUUGAAGUGUUAUGAACAUAACAGAUAACAACAUGAAAAGUACUACUUGGGUCCUUAAAGGCCCUAUCAGGGAGUUGAAACGUCAUACUUUACCAGGUUACUUGUACAAAAAAGAAUUUUUUAAAAAGGGACAGCUGUAAAUCAUUUCUAAGCUAUUACAGCCACGUUAAGAUACAACCAUUUGGUAAUGAAAGCAGAAACCUGGAAAGUUUUGCCUAAUUCUUGCACUGAAUAUAAAUGAUAAUAUAAAGUUAAAUGUGCAUUUUAAACAGAUUUUAUUUCCCAUUUACUGCUUAGCAUAGAAAAAGAGCUAUGCUUGGUGUUAGAGGAUUGCCAGCAAGAAUUACUUCAGAUGGAGGGUGGGGUAUGAGGUUGGAAGCACCUUACUGUUGGAGUAUGUUGCAUUUAGUGCUACUAAACGAUUCAGUAGUUAUUUCUGAACUUUGCUGCAAAGUGCGCGUUAGUUAAAGCACAUUAAGAAGAGUCUCUGCAUAAUUGCUUUGUAAAAUAAAGCAAUGGUAUUUUUUAUCCUAUAAAUAAAGUGUAAUUUAAAAGUUUUUCCUACAAAAUGAGUUUAUAUUGCUGCCUAAACUAUCAUGUAAACAGAGGUUUUUUAAAAGUGGGAGGGAGUCUAGAUCUGUGUGUCUGUAUGUAUGUGUAUGUUUUAAAUGUUUGCCCAUUGAGCUAUUUUGAAGAUCUGUUUAUCUAAAAUUUUCUAUGUUUUGCCCAUAGUAAUGUACAACUUGGCAUUUGUGUAAUUUGCUUGAUUGAAUUCUAAAUUUAUAAUGUUUCUCCCGAUCUGUAAACACAUUAUGCCACCAUAAGGUGCACGUAUAGAAAAUAUCUCUGAGGUUGACUUGUUAAAUAUUUUAUAAAUCUCAAAGCAGUCAUUUGUUUCAAGGGUUAGGAGAAAGGGUUUUUUGGUGUAAUUCAAGUACAAGUAAAGGUGGCUCCAUUUGGAUAGUUGUUAGUGCAUCUGAGAGAGCCCGAAAGGGUUUAGAUGAAAGCAAAAGGUAUGGAUGUUGGUUGCAGAGUUCGGUUUCAAUGAGGGAAAUUUUUUUUUUCUUCUUGCAUGUUCUAUUGUUAAUUAUCAAAGGGUGUAACAAGUUAUUCCACCUUUUUCAGUACUAAUUAUAUUGGUUUUAAGAAGUGUCCCUAAUCACAAGGUGGUCCUUUCCCUAGUUUGUGAACCAGAAGGGUAGAUGAUGCGGCCCAUCCAUAUCCAGUGACUUCUGGCUUCAGCUGGCGGAGUCGCCUCUGUCACUGAAUUUCUCAUCAUAGCUUAUGUCUUGCCAUGUGUGAAACCAUUAUUGUGUAGUUUAUGGAAAAUGGAAGGCUACCGAGCAUUUUGCAUGAAUAAUGUCCAUUAGGGCUAAGGGGACUGACCUGUUUGUUUUUUAGUAGCCUUUCUGGGUGAAUGAAAAUUUUAAUGGAAAACUGAUUCACCAUUUAUAGCUCUGUGCAAUAUUAUAAAGGUAGAAGCAAAACACUAGCACAUCGUGCUUGGCUUGUGAGGAUGGCUUUACCACCAUUACGUUAAACGGAAGCGUGUGCACCGUGUAUUGUAAAUGUCAGCUCUUGCAAUUUACAAUACUUAAAUAUGCUCAAUUAACAUUCUAAAGUAUUAAAAGUACAAAGAAAAAACUAAGCAAACAUUUAUAGCAAUACUAUGAAAUCUCCAAUAAUUGUUUUUGACUGUUGCCUUUUGCUCUUUAGUGCAACUUCUCUGCGUUAUAAUUAUCAUACGCUUUGUAUCUCAUGUUUUUUACACUAUGACUUCAGAGAUAAGUACUUGUACACCAAGUAUUGCAAUCACCUUUCUCUUAUUGUACAUGCAGUGUAACAACAUACAGUUUUGGUGCUUAACAAUAUUCCUCUUUUUCUUUAAUAAAGGAUAUUUAUUUGAAUUAA